UUGUCCCUUCUGCUACUGAGCAAAUGUUUAGGACUGUGACCAAGUUUCUUCUGACCAAUCCUGUUGCUGGUGGAAGAAUGAGGUCACACUGCAGUCUUGCUGGAAAAGUUGCCAUAGUUACUGCCUCCACAGACGGGAUUGGCUUGGCUGCUGCACAGGCACUGGGGAAAAGUGGAGCUCAUGUUGUUGUGAGCAGCCGUCGAAAAGACAAUGUGGACAAAGCUGUGGCGCUCUUACAGAGUGAAAACAUCCAGGUGACUGGAACCACCUGUAAUGUGGGCAACGAAGAGGACAGGAACAAACUCAUCAACAUGACUCUGGAGCAGUGUGGUGGGAUUGACAUACUGGUCUCUAACGCAGCUGUGAACCCUUUCUUUGGAAACAUUUUAGAUUCCACAGAUGAGGUCUGGACCAAGAUAUUAGACGUGAAUGUAAAAGCUGCAUUUCUUUUAACCAAACUAGUGGUGCCUCAUAUGGAGAAAAGAGGAGGUGGCUCGGUGGUUUUUGUGUCAUCUGUAGCAGGGUACCAGCCAAUGCCAGGUCUCGGUCCAUACAGUGUGAGUAAGACAGCUCUUCUGGGUCUAACAAAAGCACUUGCUCCUGAACUUGCACACAGUAACAUCCGGGUCAACUGUGUGGCUCCGGGUAUCAUCAAGACACGCUUCAGUUCAGCUCUGUGGCAUAAUGAAGAUGCAACAGCAGAGUUUAUGAAGAUGCUGAGCCUUAAAAGGCUGGGGAAACCUGAAGACAUUGGAGGAGUGAUUACUUUCCUGUGUUCAGAUGAUGCCUCCUACAUCACUGGAGAGACCAUUACUGUAACAGGUGGCAUAAACUGCAGACUGUAGAAGGUGUGUGUGUGUGUUUGAAUGUAUGUUUAUCAUCAUGUGUUCAAAACAAUAUGCAACAGAACAACCUUGAUAAGCAAUCAGGAAACAAUCAGGAUACAAUUGUUUUACUGAUGAGAAUCUGAUGUCAGAUUUGGCACUCAAAAUAAAUAAUGUGAAAUUGUAAUAAAACACACCUCUUCAUGUGU